AUGCUCUCGCGGAUACGCAGGCCGACCAACUACCGCCGGCGUCCACCACGACUCUCGGGCUUCCCGCUCAUCUCCCUCCUCACUUCGCUCGUCUUGCUCGGCCUCUCAUCGACGCAGGCAGCCGCACAAAGCGUGACGACCCUCACCGACCCCUCCACGACCACGAUCACCCUCGACCCAGCCGGUUCAGCAACCUACUUCCUCCCCUCUUCGUCCUCGCCCAAUCCACCCAUCUACAUCUCCCUCUCACUCUGCUCUAUCCCUUCCUCCCUCGCACAAAACACCUCCUUCCUCCUCCCCCCCGUACUCGACACACUCCUCUACGUCUCCUCCACUCCCAAUAUCCAACCUCACCCCUCGAACGCUUCGACUCCAGACGAUGUCUUCAAUCGCGGCGAGUCGCUCGCUACGAGUAAGCUGGAGUAUGGGUAUGCGAAUGUUACGCUGGAGGUGAACGAGGGAGGAGGAGGGAUCUAUGUUGCGGUUUUCGCGCCUGACCUGUCCAGAGUCCUCGACCCCGACUCGCCUGUAAACGGACAGUGGCAAUUCGAGUUGGAUGUCAGCUCCGGGACGGCGGAUCCGCCUUACGUUGCGCGCGGGCGGGCGGGUCUGAGAACGGAGGACACGGAUCUGAGUUCCGUCCUUCUUUCAACCGCGAAAUGGACGGGCAAUCAAGCGCCGUCUUAUCAAGCCAUCGUCGCGCCGACCAACAGCCUCUCACUCGCAUUGUCGAGGUCCAAGUGCUUCGUGCGGAGUAUGGCAGGCCAGUCGGUCGCGACGGCGUCGAACACCAAUACGAGCACGACGACGAGGGGUUGGCCUGCGGGCGGGACGAGGACGCAGUUUUUGGUGGACGGGCUCGACAGGGGUGCGAAUUAUACGGCUUGGUUGGUGGAGAACGGGACGAUGGCGGAUGGAGGAGGGGCGAAUCAGACGCGUGUGUGGGACCCGGUGUUCUUCGCAACCAAGAGUACCGACUCGUGUCGACUUGUCUACGACAUCGAUGUCUGUCCCUCGGUCGCCUACUCCGUCCCCGCUCCCGCCUCGCUCGACACCCCAUCCCUCAUCUCCUUCUUCAACUCGUCCAUCUCGGCCUUCUUGGCCAACUUCACUCGUACCAUGACGACCUUCCCCUGCGGCUCGGACGAGAUGGGCCGGUACUCGGUCGUUUCAACCUGCCAAGACUGCAUCAACGCUUACCGCGACUACAUUUGCGCGAUGACGAUGCCGCGGUGUACGGAUGCGCCGUCGAAUGCGACUCUGAACGACACGACUCUCGCAGCGGGCGACUCUCUCCCCUCUUACGCCAUCCCCGCGCAAUACGAAACCUCGCUCAUCCGCACCGACCCCUUCGCCUCCCGCACGCCACUCUUCGGCCCCUCCAAUCUCUCCACCACCUUCCCAACCCUCUUCAACUCGACCUACCGCCCCACACGCUCCAACCUCCUCGCCCAGUCCCCCUUCCCUUAUACCGAAACCCCACCCUGCCUCGAUAUCUGCUACCUAGUCGAAGCGCGCUGUCCGCCUUUCCUGGGGUGGACGUGUCCGAAGAAUAGCGAUGGGUCGCCGAGUGGGGGGACGGGGUCGGCGGCGUAUGGAGUCACGGUGGAUGUGCCGAGUUCGCAGAGGUUGGGAGGGGAUGUCAAGGGGAGUGACCUGCAUAAACGCGCGGCGGAUCGGUGGGGGAACGUCUACUGCAACGCCCUGUACUCCGACCUCGCGAUGGCCGCUCAGUUCGCUCCUCCGUCCAGCACCGCGUCUCUCUCGAUGAGCAUCCCUCGCAUCGCGCUGGUAUCCCUUGUUGUAGCAGUAGCAUUCAUGUUGUGCUCGUAG